UUUUUUUGUACCGUUGAGGUUGACACGUGUCGCCAAUCCUAGCCAUCUGUCUUCAUCAAUCUCUUUGGAUUCCCUCCCUUAUUAUUCCUUGUUUGUUUGCUCCGGUUUCUGUGUUUUAAGGGAAAGAAUACAAUCCCAUCCCCCUCCUUCACUCUCUCGCUCUCUCUCUCUCUCUCUCUCUCUCUCUCUAAAAACCCGUGAUCCUUCGUCCUCAAUCCACCAGAAUAACAGAAUUCCACAAAUACCAUCCCUAUAUUUUCUAAUGGGUUAUCCCCAAAACUAGCAAUGUCGUCACUUUCCUAUGAAUUUUCUGGCAUUAUCUUCGUAACUUUUUUUCUGUUACUCUGUUUUUCGGGUAAUGUCGUCGGAACAACCGAAUUCGACUUCGGAACGCUAACUCUCAGUAGUUUGAAGCUUCUCGGCGAUGCUCACUUGAGCAAUGGGACUGUGAGGCUCACUCGUGACCUCGCCGUCCCCAACUCCGGCUCCGGCAGAGUUUUAUACUCUAAACCCGUCAGAUUCCGGCAACCGGGCAGUGACACGCCGACGAGUUUCUCGACUUUCUUCUCGUUCUCCGUCGCGAACCUGAACCCAUCUUCGAUCGGUGGUGGUCUGGCCUUCGUCAUCUCGCCGGACGACGAGACAAUCGGUGGCGCCGGCGGGUUCCUCGGGCUCAUGGACGAUAAGGGUACUCCGAACGGCGUCGUUGCCGUCGAAUUCGACACUCUCAUGGACGUGGAGUUCAAAGACAUUAACGGAAACCAUGUGGGUUUGGAUCUGAACUCCAUGGUUUCUUCACAGGUCGGUGAUUUGGAGACCAUCGAAGUUGAUCUGAAAAGCGGCGACCUGAUCAACUCGUGGGUCGAGUACUCCGGGUCGACCCGGGUAUUCAACAUUUCAGUCUCCUACUCCAAUCUCAAGCCCAAAGAGCCCCUUUUAUCAUUCAAUCUCGAUCUUGAUCAGUACGUGAAUGAUUUCAUGUUUGUUGGGUUCUCUGGGUCGACUCAGGGUAGCACUGAGGUUCACAGUGUUGAGUGGUGGAGUUUCAGCUCAUCUUUUGAUGUGAAUUCCAAGUCUGGGCCAUCAUCAUCACCGUUGGCGGCGGAGGUGCCGCCACCGCCACCUCCAACGGUCAAUUUGAUGAAUCCAACGGCUAAUUCUAUAAUCCCAACACCACCUUCUAUGGCUCCUUCUGAGUCUAAUAGUACCGCAAUACAAACCCAACAAAAGAACAGUAAGUGCCAUAACCAGUUGUGUAAACAAGGCCCAGGGGCUGUGGCUGGUGUAGUAACAGCCGGUGCAUUUGUUUUAGCAUUUUUUGCUAUCUUAUUCAUUUGGGUAUACUCUAAAAAGUUCAAGAAUGUCAAACCUCCGGAAACAAUGACCUCGGAAAUCAUCAAAAUGCCUAAAGAAUUUAGCUAUAAGGAGCUAAAAUCAGCUACAAAAUUCUUCAAUUCGACCCGAAUUAUCGGGCAUGGUGCGUUUGGGACAGUGUAUAAGGGUAUAUUGCCGGAGACCGGCGACAUUGUGGCGGUGAAGAGGUGUAGUCAUAGCGGUCAGGGGAAGGCAGAGUUCUUAUCUGAGUUGUCCAUAAUUGGGACACUUAGGCACAGAAAUCUUGUUAGGCUUCAAGGUUGGUGCCAUGAGAAGGGGGAAAUUUUAUUGGUUUAUGACAUGAUGUCAAAUGGCAGUCUUGACAAGGCAUUGUUUGAAUCUAGAAUGCCUUUGCCAUGGCCUCAUAGGCGAAAAAUUUUGAUGGGUGUUGCUUCUGCAUUGACAUAUUUGCAUCAGGAAUGUGAAAACCAGGUGAUCCAUAGGGAUGUGAAGACUAGUAACAUAAUGUUGGAUGAAGGGUUCAAUGCAAAAUUAGGCGAUUUCGGUUUGGCGAGGCAAAUCGAGCACGACAGAUCACCGGACGCGACGGUGGCAGCCGGGACAAUGGGGUACUUGGCUCCUGAGUAUUUGCUGACAGGGAGGGCUAAUGAGAAAACUGAUGUGUUUAGUUAUGGGGCUGUGGCGCUUGAAGUGGCUAGUGGGAGGAGGCCUAUUGAGAGGGAGUCUAGUGGGGUUGGGAAAGUUGGGGUUUGUAGCAAUUUGGUGGAAUGGGUUUGGAGUCUGCAUAGAGAAGGGAGGUUGUUAAUGGCUGCUGAUUCAAGGCUCGGAGGUGAGUUUGAGGAGGGAGAGAUGAGAAGGGUGUUGUUGAUUGGGUUGGCUUGCUCUCACCCUGACCCAUUGGUUAGACCUACAAUGAGGGGUGUGUUCCAAAUGUUGGUGGGUGAGACUGAAGUCCCUAUUGUCCCAAGAACAAAGCCCUCUAUGAGUUUCAGCACUUCUCAUCUCCUAUUGAGCUUGCAGGACAGUGUGUCUGACAUAAAUGGUUUGAUCACUAUCUCCACCUCCUCUUCAGAACACAGCUUCACUGGGGGUGUGGAAUUCAAGUAGUCUGAUUCAAAUGAAUGAGUAAUGCUACGGGAAUUCAACAGUCGGAUAAUUCCGGUCGUUUUUAUGUGAAUGGGACAUUUUCGUAACGUCAGCCCCACAUUACUCACAUCAAAUAGUCGGAUUAGUCCAUUAGUCCGAUCAAUCGGCCGUUUUUAUGUUUUUAUGCGAAUGGGACCGUUACGUAAAGUCAGCCCCACAUCACUCGCAUCAAAUAGUCGGAUUAAUCCGUUAGUCGAACCAUGUUAUUUUGUGUUGGAAUUUUAUAAUCCUUGUUUAUUAACUCAUAUAUAUUAUUCAUUUGUUUAUUAUGUAUGUAAAACACAAUAACAUAGAAUGUAUGCCCAAGGUCUAGGGACUUGAUUUUGAAA